UCUUACCGGAGUAUCGUGUACAUACGCGUAUUGACUGUCGGUCGUCCGCGAAUUUUUAUUUCCCGUUCCCGUUAAACAGUGUCGGCGAUCUCGAGAGAUCGGUGAAAUCUCGCGCGCGCGCUCCACGUUUCUCGUUGCAGGGCUCAAGGAUGAAGUCACCGGGAUUGUAGAUCGCGUUAACGUUCUCCGUCCCGACGUAAAAGCCGAAGAAAAUAAAGAAAAACUGGCGAAUAGUUGCGGAAACGAGCGAAGAGCGAAAUACAAACGCCUCUGCUAUGCGAGCCAGCAGCGACGAGAAGAGGGAAUAGAAGCGUCAUGGAUGACGUGAGGUAGAGGUAAAUGGAUCGCGGCCGGUUUCGCGGCAGAUAGGGUCGCCUCUCUUUCUCUCGGGGGAUUUGAUGGAAGAUUGAGAGAAAAGAUGCGGGGCAGUCCUGCGUUCUUGGCCAUACUGUUGGGCACGAUAUUCGGUGUACUCGGCGCGUCUCUGAGCAAGGCGCUCCGAUACAAAGCCCCGGACGAGUGCAAGUGGGUCGCGACCGGCGACGCCGAGGACGACGUCUCCCUAGUCUGUCAUUUGAGGACCAUCAACAGCGAGCUGGAGAACACCAACUUCAGCGUGAUACAGCCGCAGCACACGGUUCGUUUGCGACUGGAAUGCAGCGACGCGUUGUUCUAUCAAAGUUCGUUAAGCGCCGGCAGCUUUAGACCGUUGGUGGAGCUGCGCGAGCUGGUGAUCGAGUAUUGCAAAAUCGGUAACCUCUCGGACGACGCGUUCAAAGGGUUGAAGGAGCUGCGAAAUCUAACGGUGAGAACGCACAACACCGAUUGGUCGUCGAUGGCCCUGGACGUGUCUGUAGGUGCGUUCACCGACGAGUUGAGGCAAUUGGAGAAAUUGGAUCUCGGCGAAAACAACAUGUGGAGCAUACCGGACGGCGGUUUGUGUCCGCUCGUCAAUUUGGAGAUACUGAACUUAACGAGAAACCGAUUGAGGGAAGUGACGAGCUUUCGUUUCAACGGUGCCGCGAAAUGUCUGUCGAAUUUAAAGGAAUUGGACUUGAGCAACAACAGCAUCGAGUCGUUGCCGAGCGCGGCGUUCUCCGGUCUGACCAGGCUGCACAGCCUCGAUCUGCGGUGCAACGCGAUCAGCUUCAUGGCGGACCGCGCGUUCGAAGGGCUCUCCGCGUUGGCCAUCUUGAGGCUCGCGGAUAAUCGACUCACCAGCUUGCCGCCUGAGCUGUUCAGCGACGCGAGGAAUAUCCAGGAGAUACAUUUGAGGAAUAACACGUUGAACGUGCUCCCACCCGGGUUGUUCAGUGAAUUGACGCAGUUGUUGGUGCUCGAUUUGUCGCGCAACGAGUUGACCGCAGAGUGGGUGAACGCGGCUACGUUCAGUGGUUUGGUACGUUUAGUGGUGCUCGAUUUAUCCAGCAAUCGUAUCGGACGAUUGGACUCGACAGUGUUCCGCGAUCUGUACAGUUUGCAAAUUCUCCGGCUGCAGGAGAAUCUGCUCGAGAGCCUGCCGGAGAACACGUUCUCCGCGCUCUACAAUCUUCACACCCUAUUGCUGAGCGAUAAUCUGCUAACCGUUAUCGACGCGACCACGCUCAGUGGACUGUACGUGCUGAAUUUGCUCUCGUUGGACAACAACCGACUGCACACGAUACACCCGAGCUCCCUGAGAAACGCCUCGUCCCUGCAAGAGUUUCACCUGAACCGUAACCAGCUCAAGUCGGUGCCGGACGCGUUGAAAGCCACUCCCCUUCUGCGAACCCUCGACCUCGGCGAGAAUCUCAUUUCGGAGAUACCGACCGGCACGUUCGACCACGUGGCUCAACUGUACGGUCUUCGAUUAACCGAAAAUCAUAUCGGUAAUCUCACCAAGGGCGUAUUCGACCGUAUCAAGGAGCUGAAGAUAUUGAAUCUCGCGAUGAAUCGUAUACAGUACAUCGAACCCGGCACAUUCGACGAGAACCUGAACCUCCAGGCGAUCCGUCUCGACGGCAAUCAACUGACGGACAUCGCCGGCCUGUUCACCAAUCUACCGAACCUGGUCUGGCUGAACGUCAGCGACAACAAGUUGCGAUGGUUCGACUACGCGAUGAUACCGACCGGCCUUCAAUGGCUCGACAUCCACUCGAACGAGAUACGAGAACUAGGCAAUUACUUCGAGAUUGAGAGUCAGCUGCAGUUGAGCACCUUCGACGCGAGCGAGAACAAGCUGACGGAGAUCACCGGAAACGCGAUACCGAUGAGCAUCGAACGGCUCUACCUGAACGACAACCAGAUCUCCAAAGUGCAGAGCUAUUCGUUCUUCAAGAAGCCGAACCUGACAACGGUCGAGCUAAAGGGGAACCAGAUACGGAACCUGGAACCGUACGCGUUGCGGAUCAGCGCCGUUCCGUCGGACAAACCUCUCCCGGAAUUUUACAUCGGCGAUAAUCAGUAUCUCUGCGACUGCACCAUGGAGUGGCUGCAGCGCGUCAACAGGCAGAAUCAGACGAGGGUGCAGCCGCGGGUCAUGGACCUCGAGAGCAUCUACUGCAAACUUCUCUACGACCGGGAACACGCGUUUGUGCCUCUGGUCGAGGCGUCUCAUUCGCAGUUCCUUUGCAAAUACGACACGCAUUGCUUCGCCCUCUGCCAUUGCUGCGAUUUCGACGCCUGCGACUGCGAGAUGACCUGCCCCCUCAACUGCACCUGCUACCACGACCAAUCGUGGUCGGCGAACGUGGUCGACUGUUCGAACGGCGGUCACGUCGAGAAGCUGCCCGAACAAAUACCCAUGGACGCGACCAGGCUUUACUUGGAUGGGAACGAUCUACGCGUGGUCUCUAGUCACGCGUUCAUCGGUCGCAAAAAACUAAAGGUUCUCUUUCUCAAUUCGUCCAACAUCGAGAUAGUGCAGAAUCGUUCGUUCAACGGUCUCCGGGAUCUGGAGGAUCUCCAUCUUCAGGACAACAGGAUCCGCGAGCUACGGGGACACGAGUUCGAGGGACUGGACGCGUUAAAGCUCCUCUACUUGCACCGUAAUCGAAUCUCCUCGAUCGGCAACGACACGUUCUCGUCUCUGCGCUCGUUGCGCAUCCUCCGACUGGACAGCAAUCGUUUGACGAGCUUGGCCGUGUGGACGUUACCCGGCUCGAUCGAGAUCAGUUUGUCCGGAAAUCCGUGGUCCUGCGAGUGCGACUAUCUUCGAAGUUACCGCGAGUGGAUCCGUGAACCGAACGUUCGAGUGUCGGACGCGUCCGCGUUGCGUUGCGUCUAUAAUGUGACGGAGUUCGAGGCGUUCGGCGAGCAAGCGUUUACAGACGACGAGUUCGGUUUCUCGGUGGCAACUUCUCCGGCCAACAAUCAAUCAGAAAGGAGCAACGACAGCGCGUGCACCGGAGGCGCUGCAGGCCUCGACGACGAUUCGCAUCGGAAUUACACAAAAACGAUCAUCGAGAAGCAGGUGCUACAGGACUAUCUUCCCCUGUUGAUCGCCACUCUACUCGGUUCUUUGGCGAUGGUGUUGCUGUGCUUGUCGGCGUUCGUGUUUCGUCAAGAGCUUCGCGUGUGGUUCCACUCGCGAUUCGGCGUACGGAUAUUCUACAGAAAUCAGGAGGUGGACAGGGACGAUCGUGAUAAACUGUUCGACGCGUUCGUCAGUUACAGCUCGAAGGACGAGGCGUUUGUUGCCGAGGAACUGGCGCCUGUGCUCGAGAUGGGGAAUCCGUCGUACAAGCUGUGCCUGCAUUAUCGGGACUUUCCAGUUGGAAGCUUUAUAGCCGACACCAUAGUUCAGGCGGUCGAGUCGUCGAGGAGGACGAUAAUGGUUCUAUCGGAGAACUUCAUCAAGUCCGAGUGGUGCCGGUUCGACUUCAAAUCGGCACACCAUCAGGUGUUGCGCGACCGAAGGCGAAGACUGAUCUUGGUGCUAGUGGGCGACGUACACCAACGGGACCUCGACCCGGACAUCCGACUCUACCUGAAGACGAACACGUACUUGCAAUGGGGCGACAAGCUGUUUUGGGAGAAGCUCCGGUUUGCGUUGCCAGACGUACCGAACAAUCAGAGGACAACCACGCAGAGGACCAGGCAACCACCACCGGUCCGACGGCAACAUAACAACAGGACGACGUCCAACGGAUCGCGCACCGUCUCCGUGCACAUAUGAAUUUUUCUUAUUCGUGCGAUCUUCUUACGUCUCGCGGUGUGUUCGUAGAUGCGUUCACGUGUUCGACGUCGUCGCGUCGUCCGUCGCGGUUCUGUUCCAGUGCUGCGUGCUGUGAGAGCGAGGAUUCGCGGUUUCGGCCAUGGCGACGUGACGACACGGUGCAAUAAGGUGGCAUAUGCGAUAUGCGCGUAGAGUGUAAAUACGAUAUACAUACUUCGACAUAUGUACAAAUGUUAAAAGAAAAGUGUUGCUCGUAUCGCGAGAGAGGAGAGAAGAGUAGAACCGGUGAAUGUGUGUGAGUGCGUGCGUUGUAAAUAAAGAUGAAGAAACGAUAGCGAAGGGGAGAAGGAGCGUGAUCGUAAUAGUUAAGGUGCUUGGCUUGUGAUUUAAGGGGAUAUACGUACGAGCCUUCGCGUCCCGGUGUCUGUACAUUGCAGCGAAUCAGUGAGUUUGCUAGAUAGCAUAAAGUCGUUGUAAAUAAACGUCCCGUUUUCUAUGCGUUUACCAUUUUCGAAGACUCGAAACCCCGAUCAAUCGAAGCUGCGGUUAAUUCAGGGUUAACGAUGCGCGAAGGAUUCUCGCCCGGUGCAGGAAGAGAACGCUCGGUCGCUCGCCGUGUGCCAUCCAGUCCCGUCUUACGAUUAGCAUAAUAAGCGCCAUAUGCGAAAAUCCUUCGCGCGUCGAACGCGCUCCAACGUCGCGGAACCGAACGGCGGACUCGACUCGACGAUUCGCGAAAAGCGGCACUCUUAUCGCGCGUACGUAAAUACGCGCGGGCACGCGAGCACGGCUGUUAAUUACCGACCGUGAACUGACAUCGGGUGAGCAAUUGCAGCUCCCCAUUCGAGUAGAGCUACGCGACCGUGCAAAUUCCGAUCGAUCCAGUUUUCGUCGUCGUUCCGCGUCGUCCGAGUUUCGAAACCGGCAAAGUGAUAUCACUUCCUCCUCUAAUCGUACCGCUGAUCCAAUGUAUAUUUAAUUAUUGUACCUAAGUACUUAGACCGGCGAGCAGCUUGCGUGGAUACGCUCGAGCGUAGCCAAAAUCCCUCUUUUUUUUUUAAUUUUCUUUCUACUGUAAAAUAUUAACGCGCGCAACCGCUUUAUCUUAUUUAUUUCAUCCCGGAAACGAAUGGAGGCCUCGCGUGGCGCUAGCCGCUUUUCGAUUUGAGAUCGAAUCGCGCGCCACGCGAAGUUUCUACUCGAAUUGGACGGCCCGCUCGCGUUUAUCUCGUCAAACCUGAACGCGAGCCGCGUUCAGCUUGAAAAGUUAAGUGGACGUUUUGGAUUUAUAACUCGCAAGAGAAAUUGGUUGUGUCCUUCCAAGGCGCGACGGUCGGAUUCAAAAAAGGAGGUACACGCGUUAUGCGAAAAAGACAGAAUAAAAGACCGCUAUGGAUAAUCGACAAUACAUACGUUGUACAAAAGCGAAACAAUCUUUCCUUUAGCUUUUCUCGCAAGCGAGACUAUUCUACUGUUUUAUUUUUACUCCCUCCGCAAACUACUCUCAACGAAGACAACGUGAAAGAUAUUGUUAGAAUAAAAACCUAUGACUGAACAAUAAA